AUGGGUGUCGUGAAAUUUACCAACCAUGCGGACCAAAUGAUUGAAUCGUUGACGCUUGACUUCCAGGGUCAGAGCAAGGUCUUUCUACAUCAUGACAUGGGCACGGCCAGACCGAGAAACGUCUCUGAAAGCUAUCUCUUCAGUCGCCAUGCGGACUUGCACUGCGAUCAAGGAAUUCAGCAGAAAGGCAAUUAUUUUUGGCCUUUUGCGUUCCGAAUUCCCCUCUUUGCAGCGCCUCGUCUUCUAGAUUCCGAGUUCCCGGAAAUAUUCUAUCCCGAACUUCCGUGGAGAGGUGACUUUGUCAACGAGCCCUUUACUGCCCAUCCUCUGCCGCCGAGCAUGCAAGAGAUGGGCAGAUCGAUGUGCAGCAUUCAAUAUAAACUGGCAGCCUCGCUGGUAUAUCGGCUGCCAGCAUCCUCCAAGAGCAAGAAAAUGCAGGCGUCACGGACAAUUCCCGUCCAAAGCUUGGACAUGUCCUCUGCCACCUCGUCUGGGCCCGGGAAUGCAUACGUGAUUCAUCGUCACACAUUCCCAGAGGGCAAAUCUUCUUCCUCCCAGCAUUUCCUGCACCUGCUGCCCGGGUUCCGUGGCGAACAGCAGUCUUACACCGAUGUGAAGAUCUGUUUCUCAGCUCUGCUGCCGAAAACACUGAACCUUAACGUGCGACAAGCAUUGUCCAUCCCGAUCUGUUGCGCGAUGAAAAAGGGCCCCCCCGACGUCAGUGUUGUGGUGCCACGUGCAAUUCUUGAAGUUCAUUCCGCCAAGAUCAGCCUGUUCCAGCAUACUCGCAUCCGAGCAGGAUCACAUUCCAACGAGACUGUCAAACGUAUCUUUACGCGCAAGGGUAGCUGCGUCAUUCCCAUCACUCGCAGCACAAGCAAAGCCACAUCCAACGAAGAGGGCGAAGUGGACACUACGUGGGUCGACCUCUGUAAUGUUAUCGAUCUGACAGUGCCGACAAAAUCCAUAACCCCCAGCUUCUCCACAUACAACAUCGCCAGAUUUCACAGCCUCGAGGUCCGUUUUUGCUUAUGUCUCGGAGGUCACAAGAAUAGAAUGGUGUUGCGUCGAGUUCCGAUUCAAGUGUUGCCACAGACCAGCGGAGAGUUGGCAAAACGACUGAAUGAGGGUCUGGAGGCAGAUGACGCACAUGGCUGUGGCUUAUUGGGCCUUCAAUGGCGGGGGAGGGAGGAGGCACGCGCGGCAUUGGUGUAUGAUGGUUGGACCUUCAUGGCUGACGUCGAUGACGAUCUGUACCCAGCGUUUCCCCCGCCUGCUUAUGCUCCUUAG